AUGGCGAGCAGGGCGGUUGACUGGAUGAGCAUUUCGCCGGCAGAGCUGCCAGCGCAAAACAUGAAGGCGAUGGCGACGUACGAGGCGCGGCCCUCGCAAGGCGCCCGUCCACCAGUUCGUCGACGACAACGCUGCCAUGAGUCUCCAGAGAUGUGGAGUCCUUCCGAUGAGAAAAGCAGCAGCAAGGUAUAUGGCAGCAGGGAUGCAGCAGCGCCGCAGUCGAAGAGGAAGCCCAUGGAUGCCGGCAGCACUCCUUUCCUGGUGGCCGCCGGUAGAUGUCGGUCUUCCAGCCCCUAG